GGAUAAGAAGGGGCUUUGAUAAGGGGACACCAUGUCAAAUUUUCUUUGUCAUUUAUCUUGAGUACUUUUAUAGGUUCAUGAAGCGUAAGACCAAGGAUUCCAAAUUUAACUUUUAUCACCUACACGAUUCUUUGAGCAUCACUCAUCUUGCUUAUGCGGAGUACCUUAUGCUAUCUAUUAUGGGAGAUCUCAUGUCAAUAUCUUUAUUGAUGGUAUUGAUGAGUUUAUACAAGUCUGAUGUCCUUCCUUUGGGCCUUACCAACAUCCUGGACCUUGUUGAGUAUGAUAUGGCCUUAGCCCUUAGGUCCUUCUAAGUUAAGUACCUUGAUAUUGAUCUCCUUGGACUUCUUUAGAUUUUGGCGGCUUGGUAUGCUCCCUUCUUGGAUGCGGCCGUUGAUUAUAUUAAUCCAUGCACACAAUAGUCAAACCAUCUCUCGUGCGAGUCAUAUUGAGCUCAUCCAUUUGGCUCCAAGCUUUUCCCAUGUCUCAAAUAGUACGUGUUGGAAAAAGAUUGUGACUCCAUAGAAUCUUUCUUUGGGGGUGGGGGUGCAAAUAUGGAAAGGUGGUGAUCGGCUAGAACUUGCAAGUGUAUAGGUGCCUAUGCAGUAAUAAAAUGCGGCUCCAUUCUAUAUAUAUCUGUUUUUCAAAAGGCCAUAGAUUGAUAAGUAUAUAAAUCUGAGAGCACCUAUCCAGCUGAACCGAUCAAAGGAAUGUGAUUGCACUACAACAAAUUUGCACAGCCGGAUGAAUGCUCAAAGUUCACAACAAAUUGAUGAAAUAAUAACUUUAUGGAGGAAUUAUAGUCACACGGGGCAUUCAAGAUUACUGGAUACGAUAUGUUGUUGGUCUAUGCAAAGAUCAAUUAAACAGUAAUUUAACUUGUAUAUUAUGUGAUGUACAUGUGUACUGUUAUGCAUUUUUGUUUUCAAGAUAUAUUUUAAGAUGUAGGUAUUGAUUUUUGUUAAUGUUUGAUUUAGAAAUAGUAAUAUAUUGUUAUAUUGUGGUUUUAUUUAUUUGUAAUAAUGCAUAUUCUAAUGGUGCUAUUCUUUCAAAAUAUUAGUAGUAAUAAUCAUAGUUAAUGUUUGAUUUAGAAA